CGGCGGCGUUCGUCUGAGGCAUUACUGUAUCCAAGGCGCCGGUCUUAGAGGGAGUGCCUGUUCGAAUAGUAUUUUUUUCCACGUUUAUUACUCGGUACAGUUUCAAGCUACGUACGGAGAAGCGCGAGCUGGGUUCGACAAGCGCUCGGUUUUAACAGUGUUCCCGAGGAAAAGCAGAGGGUGGAUCGCAGACCUGGCCUGGGGGGAGAAGGCCUAGCCCUGGGGCCUGCCUGGAAGUGAGCCCCUUCAUCUAGCGCGGAGCUGGUGGUGUGAGGACCUCGCGGCGCCUCGCGGGAAUGGCGGUCCCGUCGGCUCAGGAGUUCCACUGGCAGAGCCUGGCCCGACUCUCCAGCGGGCGGGUCUACCACUCAUUGGCUGAGGCGGGGGGCCAGCUGUACAUCAUUGGUGGCUGCGAUGAGGCCGGGCGGCCAAUCAAUGCCCUGGAGCUGUAUUCCCCCGAGGUGGACCAGUGGGUCGGUUUGCCCCCCAUGCCCACCCCCAGGGCUGGGGCAGCAGUGGCAGUCCUGGGCAAGCAGCUGCUGGUGGUCGGGGGUGUGGGGAAGGACCAGCGCCCCCUGAAGGCGGUGGAGAUGUACAACACAGACGAGGGAAAGUGGAGGAAGAGGAGCUCCCUGAGAGAAGCUGCGAUGGGCGUCUCCAUCAUGGCCAAAGAUGGCAGGGCAUUUGCGGUUGGCGGUAUGGGGGCAGACCUGCUCCCCAGGAGUGUCCUACAGCAGUACGACCUCCGGAAGGACGUGUGGGCCCUGCUGCCGUCCAUGCCCACGCCCCGCUACGACACCAACGCCGGCCUCCUGGGCUCCAAGAUCUAUGUAGCAGGGGGUCGACAAUGCAAACGCACUGUGAAAUCCUUUGAGGUCUUUGACAUGGAGAGCCGCUCCUGGACUACACUUCCCAGCUUACCCUGCAAGAGGUCAUACGCAGGCGUGAUGUGGGACCAUGGGGGUCGGCUCCACUGGCUGGGGGGGCUCCGGCAAGGGGGCCUCCACCAGCGCUCCAAAUUCACCAACAACGUCAACAUCUUCGACACUCAACAGGGGUUUUGGCUGAAGUCCGAGGACACCGUGUCCAUGAAGACCAAGCGGGCAGACUUUGCGUGUGCGGUCCUGCGUGGGAGGGUCAUUGUGGCAGGAGGGCUAGGUAACCAGCCGUCUGUAAUGGAUUCUGUGGACGCCUUCCACCCGGAGAAAAGGAAAUGGGAAAGGAUUGCUCCCAUGGCAACGCCUCGAUGCUCCGCCUCCAGCAUUGUAAUCCGCGACCGCCUCCUUGUAGUGGGCGGGGUCAACCAGAUCCCCAGCUCUGCCCAUGAAAUACUAUACGUGAAGGACGAGGAGAUCCUUUAGCCAAACCACUCAGUCUUCCAGUAUUUAAUGAGACUUCUUUACCUGGGGUGCCUUUGAAAGGCAGAGUCACAAAACAUGAUGUCAUAGAUAGUAUAUUGGGAGUUGGAAGUCCAGCGCUAAUGAAGUAUGAUUGAAAAGCUCUGGACUCCCAAUUCCCAUCGGCCCCCUCGAGAGAAAUUGUGUUUUGCGAGUUGGAUACGCUCUUGAUUCCAUGGUAGCCCAUGUUGUGAUGCGUAACAUGGACGUAUGUGUCACAACAGCAUUAUGACCUAAGAUUCAAAACUAGGAAAGCAAAGACACUACUUAUCGAGGGCAGUGCUGGCAAUAUUAUUUUGCUCUCCUAAUCUAUGUACAUGACUGUUUAUUGGUAGCAGACCUGGUGAAUUCAAACACAUUUUGGUGUGUAUUUUCUAUUACCUUCUCUAGGCCUUUACGAUGUAGUGAUGUAGUCACACACACACAUACACACACACACACAUACACACACACUCACACACUCACACUCACACACACACACACACUCACACACUCUCAUACACUCACACACACACACACACACUCGCACACAC